GUGUGUGCGCAGGCGGCUUGGGGGCCGGAGUUUUGGGUUACGGCGGGCGGUGACUGGCCAGGCGGCGGCCGAGGUCGGCGGCGCAUCAGUCUCCCGGGAGACGGCGGCGGCGAGGGCGCUGCAACCAGUGUUCUCUCAGCUUUGGUCGCAGAACCCUACGGGCUCGAGGCCUUCCCAUGGAUUCCCAGAAAGAAGCUCUACAAAGGAUUAUCACAACUCUGGCAAGCAAAAAUGAUGAAAUCCAGAAUUUUAUCGAUACUCUAAAUCAUACAUUAAAAGGAGUUCAGGCCAACUCUUCUAACAUACUUUUAGAAUUAGAUGAGGAAUUUGAUGGUCUUUAUUCUAUAUUGGAUGAGAUGAAAGAAAGUAUGACUAAUUCUAUCAAGCAAGAACAAGCUCGUAAAUCACAAGAACUACAGAGUCAGCUUACCCAAUGUAAUAAUGCCCUGGAGAAUUCUGAAGAGCUACUAGAAUUUGCUUCAAGGUCACUAGAUAUAAAAGAACCAGAAGAAUUCUCAAAGGCUGCCAGACAGAUCAAAGAUAGAGUCACAAUGGCUUCAGCUUUUCGCCUUUCUUUGAAACCAAAGGUCAGUGAUAACAUGACUCACCUAAUGGUGGAUUUUUCUCAGGAAAGACAGAUGCUCCAGACUUUGAAGUUUCUGCCAGUUCCCAAAGCUCCAGAGAUAGAUCCUGUAGAGUGUCUGGUAGCUGACAAUUGUGUAACAGUUGCUUGGAAGAUGCCAGAGGAAGAUAACAAGAUCGAUCAUUUUAUACUAGAAUACAGGAAAACGAAUUUUGAUGGACUUCCACGUGUAAAGGAUGAGAGAUGCUGGGAAUUAAUAGAUUACAUUAAGGGCACUGAAUAUACACUAUCUGGCUUACAAUUUGAUUCAAAAUAUAUGAACUUUCGAGUUCGAGCUUGCAACAAGGCUGUAGCAGGAGAGUAUUCUGAUCCAAUAACAUUGGAAACCAAAGCACUUAACUUCAGUUUGGAUAGCUCUUCAUCCCAUCUGAACUUGAAAGUUGAAGAUAACUGUGUAGAAUGGGAUCCAACUGGAGGAAAAAGUCAAGAAAAUAAAGUAAAAGGAAAAGAAAAUAAAGGCAGUGUCCAUGUUACUGCACUGAAGAACAAUAAAAGAAGUGGUACACCAUCACCUAAACGGACUUCAGUGGGCUCCAGACCAUCAUCUAUAAGGGGCAGCAGAGAUCGUUUUACUGGUGAAUCAUACACAGUAUUGGGAGACACUGCCAUUGAAAGUGGACAACAUUACUGGGAAGUCAGAGCCCAGAAAGACUGUAAAUCCUACAGUGUGGGACUAGCAUAUAAGACGCUGGGGAAGUUUGACCAGUUGGGAAAGACAAAUACUAGUUGGUGUAUCCAUGUCAACAACUGGUUACAAAGCACCUUUGCAGCAAAGCAUAACAAUAAAGCCAAAGCUUUAGAUGUGAUUGUUCCUGAAAGGAUAGGAGUGUUUUGUGAUUUUGAUGGAGGUCAACUGUCCUUUUACAAUGCAGCCUCAAAGCAAUUAUUGUAUUCUUUUAAAACAAAAUUUACACAGCCAGUACUCCCUGGUUUCAUGGUCUGGUGUGGUAGACUUUCUUUGAGUACUGGAUUACAGGUUCCAAGUGCCGUGAAAACACUACAGAAACAUGAAAAUGGAAUGAGUGGUUCAACUAGCAGCCUGAACAAUGUUAUGCAGUAAUAUCACUUCAAAAAAUGUUUACUUCUCUUUUUAUUUUGGUGGUUUUUUUCUGUGCAGUUUCUAAUCACAGAUGCUUUUGAGCAAUGGAUUAAUCAUUUGGGUUUGCUGCCCUCUGCUGCUUUUAAGGCCUCAAUACUGUUAACAUUAAGCUUCUGAAAUGAAGCUUUAGCAGGAACCUACUGUGAAAUCCCAUAGAAGAAGCAGUUAUAAAAUAAGGAUUGACUUUCUGAACAAUAGAUGAAGGUGAAAAUGAAAGUGUUUUUUUUUUUAGAAGAAAACUGAUUUUUAAAUUUUCUAGAUAUUUUAUUGUUUCUUCUGUUUGUUUAUACAUAGGAUUCCAAAGGCAGGAAUAGCCUUGGUUAGGAAGGUUUACCUCUUAAUUGACUAAACUAAUUUUUCGGCUUUCCUAUGCUUACCUUAAUUUUGUGAUUCUUCAGAAAAGAAAGACUUUUAGUUCCCAGACUGAAGCUUUAAACACUUUUCAGCCCUUAAAAGUUUUAUAACAUUUGAAACUGUUGGGAAUGCCAAAAAGACUCUCCUACAGUAACUUUAAUAUUUUUCCCCUUAAUUUGGAAAUGAAUGGGGUUGUGAUUUUUUUUCUCCCCUUGCUUUAUAUGUUGAAAAGAUCAGGCUCUUCUUCUUCCCCUUUCUCUCUUAUUUUGUGUAUCCAAACUAUCACAAUGCUAAGACAAAAUUUAUAUUAUUCUUAUGACUUGACACAGAUUGGACAGGUGAGUUGAUAAAUAUAGUUUAAGAGAUUUCAUUUUGCACUAGUUCUAUAAUCUAGGUACUUUGCGACAUUAUUGGGGUGACACAGGGAUUUUCCUCAUCAUGCUAUGAACUAGGCUUCCUUUUCUAGGUCAGUUUGGACAAUGGAAAGAUUUUAAGGGCUUUUACACGGUGUUUUCUGGUAUUAUUUCCUAACUAAGCUAAAUCUGUAGUAAAUUUGCCAUUGGAUUUUGAGGUAUUUUGCUAAUUUAAAGUUUUGUAGAAGGGUUAAAACAAUGCAUUAAAUUUUGCAACCUAUAAAACAAAAUUACUUGUAAAGGUGGGAAAAUUUGCCACUCUAGUUCAACCUGGUAUAAAAGAGGAGAGAAAAAUUAAUACACAAAGUGCAUGCCAUUCAUGCUUUUAGGAAUGCUGUACUUAUUCUUUACUAAAAUUAUAUUUAUUUGUGUUAACCAAUAAAAUAUAAAUAGCCUGAAAUAAUUUAGAAAAAGAAUCCACACAUCUCUGAAAUAAUUUGUAUUUGUAAUUAUUUCAAAUAAGACAGCUUAGAGACAAUUUUGGUGCAAGUUAUUUUGUUCCAUUUACUUAUAGUUUAAAGCAGGUACAACUCUUCAAGAGUUGAUGUACACAUAACGACAGCAUAUUGAACACUGAAUAAAAACUGUCUAGUGAGGGCAAUGAAAAUUAUAAGGCAAAUUAAACUCGAAAUAUAAGUCCCUGAGAACGAAAUAAAAAUGGCAGUAAAUGAAACAGUUAUAUGUAUAGUUUUUUAACCAUUUAAGAACCUGAAUAUGUGUUUUCCCUGUUUUUGAAAUGUUGAUUUUGACUUUUUAAAAAUUUCUUUUUCUAAUUUCAAAUAAGAGCUCUUUCCCCAGGAAGUUACCUUCUAUUCUUUAAACUCCUGUUGAUCACUAGAAAAAGCAUCAUGAUGCUUUAAAUAUAGUAUUCUCUCAAUAAAAGCAUAGUACUUACAUGCAGGGUGUUCUGUUUUACUAUCUAUACAAUGAAUGUAAAUGAAGGAUAUUAUUCUAUCUAGUCAUGUAUAGUGGUAGUAGAAGACAAUAUAUGUACCGCUGACCUGAUGUCAGGUAGUUUUAAGGAUGUAUAAUAGUUGAACAUGAGGAAGACAAGGAUAUUUUAAAAUGUGAACAUAGAUAAUCCUAGUUCUCAAAGCACUUUUCUUCUGGUUUCCUUCCAUUUCUUUCAGCACAAUUUUAAAAGAAUGUACUAUGCUUAACUUAAUUUUGAGGGAGUAUCAGAGAACCUUUGAACCAACAAAGAAUUCAGUUUCAUUUGCCAAAAGCAAACCCUAAAACAAAAAUCCAUUUGUCAAUCUGUUGUUUAUGGAAAUGGUUAAGUAGAGUAUCUUGGUGGUCAUUACACAGAAAAAGCCAAAAAUUCUUUUCUAAUUUUUUUUUUACAAGAAUAUCUCAUUAUGGUGAAAUCAUCUGGUUAAUUCAGUGCCUUCUAAAUUUUCCCAGUGCCCCACAUGGUUUUAACUUAUGGUACUCAAGCUAGGGAACAUUUUGUUGGAUUACUAUAAGGCCUUUUUUAAAAGGAUGGGGAUGGGGAGAAGGGUUGGAAUAUUUAAGGUUCUUGUACUUGUUAAUGUACUUGACACUCCUCAUGUCAAAAUCAUUGAGAGGAGAAUCUUAAAUUUCCCUGGACAGAGUUUACUAUUGACAAAAACUUGUGUAAUAUCUAAUUUCUCAGAGGAUUUUGUAGUAAGAAAAUGAAUUUAGUAAAUCCAAGAUCCUGUUUCCCCCAUCACAUAUGUAACACGAUUAUUACCUCUAGUAUUACCAUAAAAUGUAGAGUUAGGCUUUUGCUAUGCUUUUAAAAAAUUAAAGUCCAGAAUAUGUCUGUAUGGAUCUUUUAUGAGUUCUGUUUUAGAGCUCUUUUUUAAAUUGUAUGAUCAUUCUUGUCUUUAUUUUGAAAACUGAAACAAGACUGAUUUCUGUAUUGGAAAUGUGUGGGAGAUGAUCCGAAACUAAUAUACGAGGUAUUACUAAAUUAUGUUAUUUUAGGAUCCCUUAGCCCUCUGAACUUUUAAACACCAUUUCUGUUUUUAAUGAACUAGAGAAAGAAAUGAAGGAGUUGCCUUAAGCACUUUAAAUAAGAACAUUUCUAGAUUGAAAUAUGACACUAACCUAUGUUAUAUGAUUUCUAAAUCUGUGUGCAAGUAUAUUCCUGUGCAGUAUUUCAUAAUUAUUUGUGUUGCUUGCACUUUGUGAGUUAAUAUAAAUUGUUAAAGGAUGAUUUAGAAAUUCCAAAUGCUAGAGAAUGAAUAAAGGCACUAUUGAGGCAUAUCUUUCUGGAGUUGGGAUUUAUUGGAAGUUGUUACACUCUUUAGACAAAUAAACUGACAAUAGAUCUAUUUGAGUAAAGUUGGACUUGGUCAGCUUGAAUCCAAAAUGUAAGCAGCAUCGUUUUCCCAAAUGUGAUUAUCAAAAGCUACAAAUGAGUUUGCUUUUAUUUACCCAAUUACAAAAUUAAAGCAUGAAUAGUAUUCUUGUGACUUUUUAUGACUAAUCCUAGGUGUUUUAAAAAAUAUAAAUGAGGAGAAAUAAUUCUUUUAAAUGUAAUAGUUUAGCAAAGGUUGAUGUUUUAUCUCAUUGUUUUUUGUUCUACUUUUUGCUCACUCUUUUUCUGUAAAACAUGGUAUUGGUUAAUUAAUUUCUUUUUAAAAUCAAUAUGAAAUACCUAUAUUUCUAGUACUUCUGGAAAUGGAAAAGGUAGAAUUACACACUAGCUACACUAUCAUAAAUUCUAUAUCAGACGAAAAAGAAGUCUGGAUUUUCAGUUCAUAUUUUAGUACGUUUCUAAAACAUAAAUUACAUUACUUUUACUUUUUUUUUUUUUUUUUGGUGAGGCAUUUGGAGUUAAGUGACUUGUGCAGGGUCACACAACUACUAAGUGUCAAGUGUCUGAGGCUG